UCGCCUCACCACUCAAACGAAACCCCUCUCUCUCUCUUACACUCUGUUGGGAAUGCACCUGCCCGACGUCACCAAUGACAAGCCUGCGAGUGAGCGAACGGUCGAAUGUUUUCUCAAACACGAUCUAGAUUUCCAGUGUAAGAUACCUGCCAGUCUAGGUGCCGAGCACAAGAGAAAGCAAACGUGAUCAGGAACACUUUGAACACGAAGUCCCGGGGACAGGAGAGGAAUCUCUUCUUCUUCUGAGUCUUUCACAAUGGUCUCUCUCCCCUCUGAUGUCGCAAUGUAGGGUUUUAUUUUAGCAUGGAGGCUGCUGGCUGAGUGGUCACCAUGGAGCCCUUCCUGCGCAUCGCCUUUAAUGCGUUUGAUGUGGGGGUCCUGCCCCCCCUGACUAACGCUCCCUUCUGUGCCAUUAAGAUGAAGGAGUCCCUCAGCACUGAGCGGGGGAAGACCCUGGUCCAGAGGAAACCCACUAUGUACCCAGCCUGGAAGUCCUGUUUCAACGCCCACAUCUACGAGGGCCGUGUCCUGCAGGUGAUUCUGAUGAAGACCACAGAGGAGCCAUUGGCCGAGGCCACGGUGGGCGUGUCCGUGCUGGCCGAGCGCUGUAAGAAGGGCAAUGGAUGUGCUGAAUUCUGGGUAGACCUGCAGCCUUCUGGGAAGGUUCAAAUGGCCAUCCAGUUCUUUACGGAGGACACAGACACAGCAGCAGCGUUUAAAUCGACAGUGAAGACGCGUGAAGGGGAGGACGAGCUGAUGACACUGAACCGAAGGAGAGCCAUUAAACAGCCCAAGGUGCACUUCAUCAAGAACCAUGAAUUCACCGCCACCUUCUUCGGACAGCCCACCUUCUGCUCUGUCUGCAGGGAGUUUGUCUGGGGACUCAACAAGCAAGGCUACAAGUGCCGACAAUGCAACGCGGCUAUCCACAAGAAAUGCAUUGACAAAAUCAUUGGGAGAUGCACCGGAACAGCAGAGAACAGUAGAGACACUGUGUUCCAAAAGGAGCGCUUUAAGAUCGACAUGCCGCAUCGCUUCAAGAUCCACAACUACAUGAACCCUACCUUCUGUGACCACUGUGGCAGUAUGCUGUGGGGAUUGGUCAAGCAGGGCAUCAAGUGUGAAGAUUGUUCCAUGAACGUCCAUCACAAGUGUCAGAAGAAAGUGGGCAAUCUCUGUGGAAUCAACCAGAAACUUCUGUCUGAGGCCCUCAACCAAGUUAGCCAGAAAUCCAUAAGUAGGUCUCAAUCCAACAAAUCCGAGUCAUCGGACAUUGGAAUCUACCAGGACUUCAACACAAGCCCAGGAGCGGACCCUAGUGAAGCCAAUGAGAAGCUGUGGGAGGGUGGUAAGGUCCCUGCCCCCACCAGCAUCACCCCCACGAUCCACCUCACCAUCGACGACUUUGUGUUCCACAAGGUGCUGGGCAAGGGCAGCUUUGGCAAGGUCCUGCUGGCUGAGUUGAAGGGGCGAGGGGAAUACUUUGCUGUGAAGGCCCUGAAGAAAGAUGUGGUUCUGAUGGAUGAUGAUGUGGAGUGUACCAUGGUGGAGAAGAGAGUCCUGGCCCUGGCCUGGGACAACCCCUUCCUCGCACACCUCUACUCCACCUUCCAGACCAGGGAACACCUGUUUUUCGUGAUGGAGUACCUGAAUGGAGGGGAUCUGAUGUUCCACAUACAAGAUAAGGGUCGCUUUGAUCUCUGCAGAGCCACGUUCUACUCAGCAGAGAUCGUAAUUGGACUGCAGUUCCUCCAUUCCAAAGGAAUUAUUUACAGGGACCUGAAGCUGGACAAUGUGAUGCUGGACAGGGACGGCCACAUUAAGAUUGCUGACUUUGGGAUGUGCAAGGAGAACAUGUUUGGAGAGAAUCGGGCCACCACUUUCUGUGGGACGCCAGACUACAUCGCACCAGAGAUCCUGCUGGGACAGAAGUACACCUUCUCCGUGGACUGGUGGUCGUUUGGGGUGCUAGUGUAUGAGAUGCUGAUUGGCCAGUCGCCAUUCCAGGGUGAUGACGAGGAAGAGCUGUUUGAGUCCAUCAGGAUGGACGUGCCUCACUACCCUGGCUGGCUCACCAAGGAGGCCAAGGACCUGCUGGAGAGGCUGUUUGAACGAGACCCUAUUAACAGACUAGGGGUGGUGGGGAACAUCCAAGGACACUCCUUCUUCAAGACCCUCAAUUGGCCUGCCCUGGAGAAGAGAGAGCUGGAACCCCCCUUCAAACCUAAAGUGAAAGCGCCCAAUGACUGCAGCAACUUUGACCGGGAGUUCCUGCGUGAGAAGCCCCGCCUCUCCCACGCGGACAAGAACCUGAUUGACUCUAUGGACCAGGCGGUCUUUGCAGGCUUCUCUUUCAUCAACCCCAAGAUGGAAUGCAUUAUGGUCAAUUGACGGCACAACAUGAUUCCUCCAUCUCUCCAUUAUAAACAUAUAAACACACAGGGAAGGAAGGAAGGAAGGAAGGAAGGAAGGAAGGAAGGAAGGAAGGAAGGAAGGAAGGAAGGAAGGAAGGAAGGAAGGAAGGAAGGAAGGAAGGAAGGAAGGAAGGAAGGAAGGAAGGAAGGAGAGACCAGUGUAGCAUGUAUCACUGUGGUGGGUCCAAUCAAUAGUGGUGUCUUUCUUUUCCUUGUGAUCAAAUCUUGAAUCAAUAUGAAUCAGUCCAUGUACUGUACUUUAUCAACCAACAACACUUGCACACCCCAUAGCUCAGACUGUUGUUUAAUAUUUUGCAUGCUGGGAAGUCAGGGAUCAAAUGUGACUCUAUUAUCACACCCCUUUGUGUCCUACCUACUGUCUGUCACUCUUUCCUGAUUAUUCACAUAAUAUUUUGUGUGUGUGCGUGUCAGCACUCGCUGUGCGUAAAUGCAUAAAUGAAUGUGUCUUUGUGAGUGACAGCAUGAAUGUCUAGUAUUUCCCCCUAGCUGUAGCAGUUACUCUGAUUUGGAGUCACAUGCUGGUGCCAGUUAUGAAUUGUCUAUAAUGAAAAAAAAAAGUUUGUACUUUUUCAGGUACAAAAUGAAAGGGUACUGCAUAUAAAAACUUGUUGUAGACUACCCAAGAAACAGGACCAGUAGAGAACGCACAGAUUUAUGCAGACAUGGAUAGUUUCGUUCCCCUCUCACCGUGUGGAUCUAUCUGCCCAUCCACACGGUAUAAAACUAAGGGUUUGCAACCAGUACUGCAGCUUUCCCACUUUCCUGAACCAACUGCAGCUACUCUGAUUAAGACCUGAGUAAGUGUGAAACAGAGUGGGACAUCUUUCUGAAGGGAGUAAAUUUAACGGUACUAUACGGUGUGAAGGAUAUGGGUGUGUUGGGGGGUAUUCCAUUAGCAAAAGGAUGGAUAAUUGGGUCUUGUGUUACUUUAAAGUAUUGUCAGAGGCAUCAUGCCCAUAGGGGGCACGUGCCUCCUCAGAUGUUACAUUAAUUGCUAAAUAUAAUUUUUAAGCCAAUCAAUCAAAUGUAUUUAUAAAGCCGUUUUUACAUCAGCAGAUGUCACAAAGUGCUGUACAGAAACCCAGCCUAAAACUCCUAACAGCAAGCAAUGCAGGUGUAGAAGUACAGUGGCUAGGAAAAACUCCCUAGAAAGGCAGGAAUCUAGGAAUUAAUCCACAUAUUUUCAUAAUUAUUUAAAAAAAAGAUCUGUCAGCGGUAUGUUGUGGAGGGGCCACACAGUCUGGACCAGUAAGUGGUUCCUUCCAAGGUGUAUCACGGACCAAAGAUAGGCGUGCAGAGAGUAUUGUCAGUGGAGGAGGAGUGUCGGUGAAUCACAGUUGAUUUUUACUGCCGGUUAUGGGCAGGUCUCACAGGAGCUAUGUAUGAAAAUAAAUUUGAUCACGCUAUGUAGCCAAUUGAUUCAUUCUUGAUAAGUAAAUAAAACACAUGUUUUGUUGUUUCUCUGUAAUACUAGCCACCUAGCAAUUUUAUGAAGUUGACUUUAGCUAGCCAGCAACAGUGCCCUUUGUAAUUAUUGGGACAGUGAAGCAUUUUUUAUUUUGGCUCUCUACUCCAAAAGUUUGACACAACCAAAACAAAGAGCAAAUGCAUUCAACACAUGUGUAGAGUCACAAGAUUGAUGUAGUCAUUGCGUACUAUGAAUAUGGGACCAAAUACUUAACUUUUGACUACUUUAAUACUUUUGGUCACCCGAUAUGGAUGAAAAUACCUUCAAAUUAAAUCUGACAGUCUGCACUUUAACCUCAGUCAUUGUUUGAUUUCAAAUCCAAACUUUUGGAGUAUAUUGCCAAAAUAAAAAAUGCUUCACUGCCCUAAUAAUUAUGGAUAGUUUCCUAAUCUCCCAACCUCAUAUUUAUGCCAGCCAUUUCAGGCUAUCAGUCAAGUUAGAGUAGCUUGUCUAACUUUCUUAGCUGGUAUGUCUGCUGGCAAGGUUGCUAGACUUUAGAAAAUACAAAAAUGUCUUUAAUUCCUGGGUUAUGAGACUAUAUACCAGUGUGGCAGUUGUACUAAACUCGUAAGAUAUAAAAGUUCUUAAAGAAUCAAUUUGCAUCGUUAAUUAAAAUGACAAUUGAACAGGUUAUGGUUAAAUAACCUAUGCAGAAAAAUAUAAUAUAUUUACAUAGAAUUAGGCAUAACAAUUAUGGCUCUUUAUUGCAGGAAAAAGCUGUUUCAGGUGUUUGAAAAAUGCAAAACUCUCCAAAUUCUCAGAUCCCCCCCCCACCAUCCAUCCUCAUGUACUAUAUGACCUCUCUAAAAUAAUGGGUGCAUGAGGCCCCUGGUAUUGUAACAAGAAAAUAAUAAUAUGCUGGAAAAUGUUGAUUGCCCUAAACAGACACAAUAUUUAUUAAGGAUGUACUUUUUUACUGUCUUCAUAUUUUACAUCUGAUUAUAAAUAAACACGUCUUUUUAUUUAUGGUGA